CCUGCGUACAGAGAAUCAUCAGAAGAGCCGUCUUCGAGGAAUAGACGCAUGAGUAAUUUCAAUCAGCCGCGUGGUACCUACCCAGUUGAUUUCUAAACGAAACGAGCGAACUAAGAUAUGCUAAACGAGAGAAACUCGAUCUUCCAUCGAUUUGUUUAACAACCAUUCGAGGAAUAUUCCACCGUUGCGUGUGUGUCUAUCGUUGUAAGAGUAAAUAAAACACUACACGCCUGACUUGAUUUUGCGCAUCGAACUAGAGAAUCGGUUCUCUCAAGUGCACACAAUAAUGUUUGCCUUUCGUUACGUUUUCAUCGUAGUAGCAAACCGGGUUCAUUGAUGGAAUUACAUUUAUUUAUAGAAGACGGUCGUACGAGCACACCUGUUUGAACAUCGAUCUGCGUUCGGUAUUGAGCAAUCUGGCCCGAUGUUUCCUCGAAGAACAAUGAAAAAUCUAGACGCUAAUACGGGCUUCCCUAUUCGAACACACGCGCUGUCGUCAUCCCCGGCCGGUAACGCACUGAUGCGAAUGAAAAAUUCCAAAAUCUUUGACAUGUAGGCAAAGUGACGGUGUAUUCGAUAGUAGUAUUGACAAUUCUCAUUCAAUUCGAAACAUCAGGCAUGAAUUUAUUAUAUCGGCACCGAUUCGUGCAUAUAUAUAGAGAGAUCGGCAUCGCGGUUCAUUGCGAUCUGCACUUGGCAGUUGAGUAUCGAAAGCUCGGGAUGACUCUUUCCACUAUUUUCAAGUUUGCGUUUCUCGUGAUGACCAGUUGCUCGGUCGAUCAUGGUAAGCGUUACACAUGUAAACGUUUGAAAAUCCGAAUUUCGGGCUCAAAAUAAAAGUUUGACCAAUUGAAAAAUAGCGGAUAGCAAGCACGUGCGAAUGGUGGGCGGCUUCGUGGCCAAGCCAGGGGAUUUCAAGUACCAGGUGUCGCUGCAGUCCAACCACGUGCACAUGUGCGGCGGUGCUCUGAUCAGCGAUCAGCAGGUUCUCACUGCGGCCCACUGCGUCGUCAACGGACCGGACAACCACUUCUACGACGAGCUGACCAUCAAGGCUGGCAUCAAGAACUUGGACGACCCCAACUUCGUCUACGCGGAGGUUCAGGAGUUGGCCGUGUCCAACCCGUACAUGAACUCUCAAGAGCUGUUCUACGUCUACGAUUUCGCCAUACUCAAGUUGAGAACCAAGAUCGACCUGCGCAAUUCGAACGUCCAAGUGGUCAAGUUACCCGCCUUCAACACCCACGACAUCUACACGGGCAAAUACACUGACGUAGCUGGUUGGAGCACAGCGUACAACAUCGUGCGUAAAACCUACGUCGAUCCGAACGAACUGCUCGCCCUGGCCCUGGAGAUCUGAGACACGAAAUACUGCAACCAAGUUUUCGGCGGCAAGCUCCAAGUGGACGCGGAGAAGCAGAUCUGCGGCGACGGAAAGCUUUACGGCACUUGUCAAGUAAGUACACGUUGUAAAGAGUUGCUCGCUCGCAUCGACUUGGAAUAACGCGCAUCGAUUCAUCUUUUAGGGUGACAGCGGUAGUCCACUGGUGUACCAAGGCACCGUCAUCGGCGUGACCAGUAGCGCCCCCAUACCCUGCGGAAGGGAAAACAACCCAUCCGUGUUCGCGAGGAUCUCCUCGUACAUUCCGUUCAUUCGAGACGCGAUGGCGGGCCGCUACAGCUCGGCAUUCGCCGUCAAACGAUUCUAGUCCCACUUUAAUUUUACCGUCAUGUUGUUUGUUAUUGAAAACUAGUCGGAUCAAUAAAUCGCUCGAGCUAGAAAA